AUGUGGGAGAGGGCCACAGCCAAUAACAAACUAGCAUCACACUGCGUUCAUCUUUUAUCGUCCCUGAGCGUCUGUGAGGACAGAAGCUGCAACGCUCCAGACGAGACCCUAGUGGAGGAGACCCCGGAGGAGGAGACCCUGGUGGAGGAGACCUUGGUGGAGGAGACCCCGGUGGAGGAGACCUUGGUGGAGUCAAUAUGCACCGAGCGCACGAGUAACGGAGACUCCUCUCCGUCUCUGCGCCAACUGGGACCAGAGCCGCGGCCGCUCAAGUUCACCACCGAGCUGAGCCGAGCCGAGCCGUGCCAAAGCAGAGCAACCCUCUCCCUGCACAAUAUCCUCUUUGUUAGCGGAGACAAAGCCGGAGAGGACGAGCGUGUGCGAGAUCGGUCGGAGAAUUUGGACGUAGAGAAAGUGGGAGCAAACUCAAAGCUGCUUUUGUUUCGCGGGGGCUACUUUCGCACAAUCCGCCACGACCGCACCCCCCCCUUCAACCACUCCUCCCUCACCUCCCCCUCCUUCACCUCGCCCACCCCCCCUCCUCUCCUCAACGGGGGCUUAUCGGCCUGA